CGGCAGUAAAACCAUUGGUUUUUACACAUUUUAAACAAAUAAAUCAACAAAAUAUUGCAUUUUGUUAGCAAUUAGUGAAGUAUUAAAAAAUCCUGAAAUAAAAAGUGAUAUUAAAUAUAAUAAAGAAAUGACAGACAUUGAUGAUACACCCAAAUUGUGUGGUGUAUGCGGUGAUAAAGCCCUGGGGAAAAAUUUCUGCGCCCUUUCGUGCGAGUCGUGUAAAGCAUUCUUCCGGAGAAAUGCCUCCAAUUAUCAUAAAAUGAAGUGCUAUUACGGAGAGAAAUGCCGAAUAGACUUAGAGAUGAGAACCAUAUGUAGAAAAUGUAGACUCAAAAAGUGUUUCGCUAUCGGAAUGAGAAAAGAAUGGAUACUGAAUGACGAGGAAAAGGAGAUGAGACGCCGAAAGAUUGAAAAUAAUAAACACAAUAAACAUAAACCAAAUAAAGUGAACACAAAAACGGUUGACAAAUCGGAUGACAACUCGUCGUCGUCUCAGUCACUGAUGGCUACCGAUAAUGAAGCCAUUGAUGGCAUAAAUAUAAUUGAAAUUUUAGAUAAUAAUAACGUAAGCGAAGAGCAAAUUAGUUCCCAAAUCAAGGAAAUUGAAAAUAGUUUCGUAGACCACAACCAUAUAUCGGAGGAGGCCUACAAAAAAGCUCUGGAAUUAGAGUUAGCGGUCCUACCUAUCCCACGACCCAUACAUACCAAUGUAUUCAAUGAGACCGAGGGCAUGAGGUUUACCGAGUUGAUCCAGGUGACCUCGUGUUUCAGGUCACCCGUACCUAAGUGCACGUCACAAGUGUUUAAUUUCACGGACGCUGUGACUGUACUGAUCAAGAAGUGCGAUGAGGAGGUCCGGGAAGUGGUCCAGGCUUUCAAAAAGUUAAAUGCCUUCAGGAGUAUGUGUGAGUCGGACCAACUCCUACUCCUCAAGUAUGGGGCCAUUCAGAUGAUUUGCAUGAGGGCUGUCCACUGCUAUGAUGACUCCACCGAAAACUGGUGUAUUCCUAUGGACCAUGAUAACGCGACACUUGUCAAGUUAAAAAUCUUGAGGGAACACACAAUAGACUUAUAUUUUCCAUUGAAACAGUUCUUGUGUCGAAUCGGAAGGGAAUAUGAUUCCGAUGAAACUAUUCUCGAUUUGGAAUACCGGUGCCCAUUUAAAGGCGAUUGUCGUAUAGAUGUAGUCACCAGAAAGUUCUGCAGGAGGUGUCGACUCAAGAAGUGUUUUGAUUUGGGAAUGAAAAAAGAAUUCAUUCUGACUGACGACCAAAAAAGGAUAAGAAAAUCAAAGAAAGAUAAACAAAACGCUAAGAAAUCGUCAAAUAGUAGCGAAAGUGAUAAUACCAUUGACUCGACGAGUGGUAACUCCGGUGACAAUCACGUACUCAAUGAAGGUGUAGACAACGACCUGUUGAUCGAAGUGUUUGGAAAUAAUAGCUUAAGUGAUGAGGAGAUCAAUAACCAAGUCAUGGAAAUCGAGAGCUAUAUUAUGGGGAAUAAUGCGAAACCAAUCGUAACCGAAGUUUGCGAAAAAGCGGCAGAAUCUGAGUUCGCAGUCAUACCUAUCGCCCGACCCAUCACUCACUACAGCCAUACGUUCAAUGAAUUAGAGGCCAAUCGGCUGUCGGAGUUGUUGAGCGCAACACACAUAUUGAAAAUGCCGUCCGUUUUGCCUAAAGUUAAGUAUGAAGUGAAACACAUAAACCAGGGCUGUAUGGACUGGAUUAAGAUGUGUGAGCGGGAGAUACUUAAGUUUAUCAGAUUAUUGGAGAAUGAUCGUGGAUGAUGAAAGCACAUCUAUAAUGAAAAUGCAUAUAUUAAAGGGACAUACUCCAAGGGAUAUGUUUGGUGCCUAUAAGAAGUUUUUGCUAUCAUUUGCCAGCGAAUGGAAUAAUGAUCCAGUUAUAGUUGACCUGCUAUCGGCGAUAGUAAUAUUUAAUGCUGAGAGGCCUAACUUACAACAAAGGGAACUGGUUAAACUCCAACAACAUAUUUAUAUGCAUUUACUUGGACGCUAUUUAGAAAUGAGGUAUCAGUCGGAAAGUGAGGGCAGACUACGGCUAUUACGGCUACUGAAUAGUUUGCAUUCAGUGCAGACAUUAAGAGGAAUGCAUUUCGAAAACUUCUCUCAACGGCGACCACAACAUGUCGGACCACUUCUUACAGAAGUUUUCAAUGUUAUAGAAAUCAAUGGCUGAAUACAUGUCAGUGAGAUCACACAAGUGUAC